CUCUCUCCACCCUUCCUGACCAGCCUGGCGGGGCCUCUCCUCCCACUCGACCGGCUGACCCUGUCGGGGGCCCCCAUGUCGGACCACAGAUUCAGCUCCGUGCCCACGGAGGAACCCGGCUGCCACCUCUCCAAGAAAGCCAAGGUCUGUCUCGGCAUCCUCCUGUGUGUCCUGGUGGCGGUGACGAUCGUCGCGGUGGUGGUCGGAGUCCUGAAGUGGCCCCCGGCGCCCCAGCACCAGGAGUGGCACGGGGCGGGCACCACUCCCCAUUUCUCGGAGAUCGUCCUGGGCCGGUGCUACUCCUACACGCAGGUCCUGCGGCCGGAGCUGCGACAUACAGACUGCGGACAGAUAGGGAAGGCAUUCAUGAAUGCAUUUCUUUCCAAGGAUCCUUGUCACAGUUCAGAGCAAGACUACCAGCUGCUGCUGAAGCUGACCAAUCAAACCAUACCCUGCCACACGAGUGUCUUUUGGAGCAAAUCAAAUCAGCUAGCUCACCUGUACACCAGGGUGCGGCAGGAUAUGUUCACGCUGGAGGACACACUGAUGGGCUACAUUGCCGACGGUCUCUACUGGUGCGGAGAUGCAGGCUCCUCUGAAGUGAACUAUCAGUCCUGCCCAAACUGGAGAAAAGACUGCAUAAACAACCCCAUGUCUGUGUUCUGGGACACGGUAUCCAAAAGGUUUGCAGAAAAUGCCUGUGGUGUGGUGCAGGUGGUGCUCAAUGGGUCCAUCACUAACACCUUUGAUCAAAACAGCACUUUUGGACGUGUGGAAAUCCAUAAUUUGCAUCCAGGGAAAGUUUCUAUGCUAAAAGCCUGGGUGAUGCAUGACAUUGGAGGAGUUCACAGGCACCACUCAUGCUCGAGUCCCAUCAUAGAUGAUUUGAAAUUUAUUUUAAGCAAGAGGAAUAUUUCAUUUACCUGCCAGGAUGACUACAGGCCUAUCAAGUUUCUUCAGUGUGUGAAAAGUCCUGACCAUUCAUCUUGCAGUAAUAUGGGCCAUCAGGACGGUGCUUUCUGAUCUUUGAGCCCUUGUGGUGUACACGGUUGUGUGUGACUCAGGAGACAUGCUGAUGGAAAGCUGAGGAUUUGGGGGAUCUUCUGUCAUCAAGCCAACCCAAAAGAUGAAAGCUUUUCCUCCAAAAGUCUUAAAAUAGCUUGUUAUUGGCAUAGUUUUUAUUUUGAUCUCUUAACAUUCAAGAAAAGAUUAAUUAUUAUAUAAAAUUAGAAUGAAAAUUUUAUGUUGCUUUAAUUUUCAUAUGAUGUUUUUAUGUUGUUUAUAUGUUGAACAGAAUAUGACUCUCUCUGGAAAUACAUUUUCCAGAGACUAUCAGAAGCUUCCAGGUUCUCCAGGAGGACAAUAAAAGUUUGGAAGCCUCUUGGUCAAGAAGAACACCCAAAUUUACCCCACAGACUGGUUAGGCACAGAAGUCGUUCUUGUCCUGAGGACACUUGGCUGUCACUUUGCCAUUGCGAGAUGUGACCACUGCAGCUUCUGGGAAAAGAAGUAACCAGAGUAGAUGGUUCAUGGUGAUGGGACAUGAAGUAUGGUACCUACCUCAGGCUCACCAGCCUCAGGUUCAUGGCUGCACAGAUCCACCUGCCUCACAGGACCUGAAAUAUGGAAAGUGCUUAGAACAGAGUUCAGA